AGGUCAGGAAUGAACUCUCUUCCCUUGAGAGAGUGGGAUCCAGUAUGCAUAACCCUCACGGCUAUUUCCUCUCUGGUUUUGCAGCUUGAGAAAAUGGCAUGUAACAUACCUAACCAAAGACAGCGGACUAUGUCAACAUCUGGAGAAGCUCUAUAUGAAAUUCUUGGUCUGCAUAAGGGAGCAUCAAAUGAAGAAAUUAAGAAAACCUACAGAAAACUGGCCUUGAAACACCAUCCAGACAAGAAUCCAGAUGAUCCAGGUGCUGCUGAGAAGUUUAAAGAAAUCAACAAUGCCCACGCAAUACUUACUGACAUGUCAAAAAGAAACAUAUACGACAAGUACGGAUCACUGGGACUCUACGUGGCCGAGCAGUUUGGAGAGGAAAAUGUUAAUACCUACUUCAUGCUGUCAAGCUGGUGGGCAAAGACUUUGUUUGUCAUCAUUGGCCUCUUGACUGGCUGCUAUUUUUGCUGCUGUCUGUGCUGCUGUUGCAACUGCUGCUGUGGACGCUGCCGGCCUAAAUCAUCGAUGCCAGAAGAGGACUUCUAUGUGUCCCCAGAGGAUCUUGAGGAACAGAUCAAGACUGACAUAGAAAAAGAUACGGACUUUCCAGUUGUCCUCCAGCCUACAAAUGCAAAUGAGAAAACACUGCUAAUCAGAGAAGAACCUCGAAGUUAUUGUACAGACUCUUAA